GGGGUUCCCAUCCCAGGGCAAGGCUGCCACGGGAGCUCUGCCCUCACACAGACUUGGCUGCCUGUCCCAGUCGCUGGUCCCCAGCUCUGACGUGAGCCCUUUGAGCUGGUCGGCAGCUCCGUGACGGGUGUGAGUGACAUGGCCAAGCAGCUGUCUGAAGAGCAGGUGGCCGAGUUCAAGGCGGCUUUCUCCAGAUUUGACAAGAACGGCGAUGGCACCGUCAACACCCAGGAGCUGGGUGCCGUGAUGCAGGCCCUGGGCAAGGAUCUGUCGGAGGCCGAGCUGAAGGAGCUCAUCGCCCAGGUGGACACGGAUGGUGACAGUGUCAUCAGCUUCCAGGAGUUCCUGGCAGAGGUGGUCAAGAGGAUGAAGUCCUGGGGCAGUGAGCAGGACAUGCAGGAGGUCUUCCGCACUUUCGACCUGGAUGGCAACGGUCGCAUCAGUGUGGACGAGCUCAAGCAGGCCAUGGCCAAGCUGGGCCAGACGCUGUCCCAGGAGGAACUAGAUGCCAUGAUCCAGGAGGCCGACACAGACAAGGAUGGGCAGGUGGACUACAAGGAGUUCCUGCGCAUCCUCUCCCAGAAGUGAGGCCUGGCCCUGGCCUGUCUCCUGCCUGACUCUGGUCCUCAUGCCUUCUCGGGGCCCCUGCUUUUGUGGCGGGGACGUCAAGGGGAAGUCUGGGUGGUGGAUGGGAGAUUACCUGUUGGUGGGAAAGCCUGGCCUCUCCUGGGCCUGGGUUCUGUGCUCUCUGUGCCCGGCGAGGCCUUGGAGCUGCUCCUGCAAAGAGAUGGGGAGCCCCCUGCCUCACUGGGCGGUCGUCUGGGGGCUGAACCAGAGAGACCUGGACCAAAGCAAUGCGGUGGUUGAAAUAAAAGGAAUGUGAACUCCAA